AUCCUUGGACUGAGUAUGGUGUUUUCCUUUGUUAAGAAAGUAUCCAUUAGCAGAGAUCUUCCUUCUGGGGUAUACCUAUCAGAAAGUGAAGGGAAAACCUUUCCACAACCUUCAACUGUAAUGUGCCAAACACUUGGGCAAAAUGCCCCAAGAGUAUACAUGAAAAAAGAUGGUGGUCAAAUAAUAAAAUCUGACAAUAUCUGUAUACAGGAGGUCAGGAGUCCCCUGUUUUCUUCCUCGCAUGUCACAUUCCUUAUGAAAGACUUACGGAACAGAGAAAUUGACGGUGAGUACACGUGUUUCUCUGAGAAUCCAGGAGGUGACAAGAAUGUGAGCACCUUUAAAGUGUACACAGGGCCAGCCUUCCUGGAAGACAUUACAGAGAUGACAGAAAGUAGUUCCAGAGAACUAAAUCUUCGACUCGUGGUGGAAGGAAACGGUCAGAUGAGGGUCUCCUGCCACGUCCCAGUGCCAGAUCACAUGAUUCUGAUCAAAACAGCAGAGAAAAUAGAACCUUCAUCUACCAAGUUAAAGAGAAAGGAGGUCACCUUGACCUACAAAUUCCCAGUAGAGGCAGUCCGCCCCUUUGAUUAUUUCUGCAGUGUUUAUGAUGAAUAUGGAAAUCACAAUACUCGAUACACCCAUUAUUGA